AUGUACCCCUGGAAAGCUCUCUCGACAUGGGCCCCCUUCGAAAUCGACGCUCUCGGUCUUGUCACUCUCCUCGGCGCCAACGAAGUUGAUAUCGCCGUCGGCCGUUUAGCGCCCAGCUACUGGCUGGAAUAUAUGCCGCUGCUGGCAGGGUUCCGGCAUCGUGACAGGAACCUCGCAGCGUGGUUCACGCGGUGGAUGCAGACGCAGGAAUUCCAUGUCUCGCGCAGCCUCGUAUAUUGGGAGGUCGACAAGACGCCCCGGCCCCGGUGGAUGUAUUUCAUCGUCCCAGCCCUAAUCUCAGCUACCUUCAAUGGCUUCCUGCUUGCCAUGACGGUCUUGUCUGGCGACUGGUACGGGUUUGCGAAUACGAUAGCUAUUAUACUCCUCAUCAUCGUGCGCGCAUACAUGAUUCAGGAGAACCGCCACGCAAUCAAUAAAACCGUCGCGGCUGCAAAGCCCCUUCCUACCACCUUUGCAGGCGCGCUAGAAGAAUGGAAAGAGAAGCGCAAGAGGGAUCCGCAGGCGCCGGCGCUGCGGCGGGACUCGCGACAGUGGCGACCAGAGGUCGCCAAGAUCCUCGUCGUCAUGCCUGAUUCGCGAGCCGUCACGAUGUUUAUCCCCGAGCAUCUCCUGCGCGGUGUCUUCGUCACCGAGACGCCCGUCCGGUCACCCGGGAUCUACCGGCUGUUGCAGUGGACCGGCUGGGUGGCGUUUACCGUCCACGUCGUCACACUAGGCAUGGCCCAAUUGGCGACCCAGCUAUAUGUGGUCGCACUGAUGGUCAUUCCAACCGUCCUGAUAUGCUACGGCUAUGGUUGUGACGACUCUAGGAUUGCAAAAGGGUGGCGGUGGCUAUUGGGGGAGGAGGCCGCGCCGUACGUCUACCAAGCGGGACCGCAGCUAAAAGCAACUGUCUUUGAGUGGCCGGAAGAUGUGGAAUUUGCCAGGGAUGGCAAGGGCGUCUUGUACAGACGCGAUCCGGGACCAAUUUCUCCGGACAAGCGAUCAACCGCCCGUCAGGACUUAUACGCGUGGCUGAAUCUGACCGAAGAGGAGCAGAGGAGCCUCUGGGACUGGCAUUUGCUGCCUCAUAGACGGGGCCACGAUGACUCAUGGUGGAAUAUCUUUAACGAGAAGCAGAGGCUCAUUAGGGAGCGACCGCCGGAUCUGAAGGCCCUCAAGGACCGCAUUCAGGAUGAGCUCAGAGCACCAAGGUUCAAGCGCAGAGUCUCAAACUGGCGGUAUAAGGAUCUAGAUGUUGAAAAAGGGUUUAAGUAG